AUGAACGACAACCGUGAUCCCAGGGGCCUUCGCCCGAGAUUGAACCCCUUGUUGACCUCGUCUCUUGGCCCCUUCUCACAACAAGGCAGUACUCCAAUCUCUGCCAUGUCGUUCAGCUCCAACUCUCACAACGCCCCGACUCCCUCGAGCGCCAUCCUGCCCUACAACCCGCAAGAGUGGCUGCCAUCCCCAAUGCCUGGGCCAGGGCCGGAGAGGAGCCACCAGUUGAGCUCACCUGACUCCACUGGCUCGCCUCUGCCCCCUCCUCCGUACUCCCCUCCGCGAAGCCAGAGGCCGGCCAGCAUGUAUCUCGAUGGGGCUCCCGCUGCCAACAUGUCUCUGACUCGAGCGCCUCUUCCCACAGUUCAUCGUCCUCCACCUGAGCCUGUAGGAAACCAGUCAUUUCCACCUCCCCCAAAUGCUAGGGGCUCUUCUCGUGAGAGGCGAUUCGGUCUGCCAUCUUUUGGACGGAGGAAAGACCCAGAAACGACGCCUUCCCCGGAGUCAAUCGGCGGAGGCCAUCGCCAUCCAUUUUCCAUCUCAUCCUCGCGACCAAAUCCUUUGAGUAUCCAGAUACCGCAAGGCGGCCCCUCGAGGAAUGGCAGCGAUGCUUCAUCUCAAGGCUUACCUCCAGGCUCGCGUAGAGCAGUUUCCACAGGGGCUCUUGACACGCCAACUUCAGCGAGGUCGAGAUCAGCUUCACAGACGAGAUGGAAUCAAAGCAUUCCUUUGCCGCCGCCACCUCCCGGCCCUCCGCCUGCGCAGUCUCGUUCUCAAAGCACCAGCAGGAACUUCACUAGCGGGAGCGACCCUGUUGCCUCACCGCCGACGAGACGGCCGCCUCCGAGCGGUGUCACGGCUCUUGGCCCGGUGCCACCUACGCCUGCCAACUGGGUGGAUGAGGAGCAGACCACCUCUCAGUCUCAAACAACACCUCAAGAACCAGCCCGGCAACGGUCCUCGUCUGUGGACCCACAUCCGGCUCAGAGGGUUGAUGCCAGCGCGGAGCCCGAGUCCUCGAGUAGCCCAAGUGCUGCUUUGAACAGGAACAACGCAGUUCGAGGCGACAAGACGUUGCGAGAAAGGCGUAAUGAAAGCCGGACGAGGUCCACGCGCCUUUCAAUUGAUGGAUCUAUUGCUAACAUGGACAACAUUGUUGUUCCACCACCGUCUGGCGGGCUCUCGAGGAAGAUGACCAUCGGCAGGGGAACUCCAAGAAGUGGUGGAUUUUCUCAAACCACGCCACGCAGCGCAGGGGUGGGGGACAAAGAAGAAGAGAGCAGCGGGUCAACGCCACGAGCUCUUGAUUCGGCAAGAGGACAGUCAAGCACGCAAAUAUCAACGCCUCCAUUUUCUCCGCGGCCACUGGAGUCUCAGCAGGCCUCCAAGAGUUCGUCAUCAGUGGCUCCGAAAGCUCUACCAACGCCACCUGCCCAUAGCCGAUCGGCUUCGAGCUCCAAAGCAAGGAUGACGCUCGAGCAAGUGCUUGCGACACCUAAAUCUUCGAAAUCGAUCAACAGAGACUCGGUCAUCAAGCAAAACCCAGAACAGUUCUCCCGUGACACAGUUGAGCGGUUCCAGAUUUUCGCCCAGGAGGAAGCGGCAGCUACCGAUGACGUAGAGAGAGUUUGUCUGUUCGCUGACUUUAUUGUCAAUGAGUCUAGGAUCAGGAGGGAAAGGUACUCGGCAGCAAUCGGCGCCAUGGGCUCGGAGAUCUUCGACUUGACGCGAGACCUCUUCCGUCCUAUGGUCAGUCGCCGGGAGUCAACGACCUCUCAGGGGAGCGAGUGGACCCCGCAAUCAUCUUUACCCAGCAGGUCUCAUCGCGGUUCGAUCGGGUCCACGUACCAGGGCGAGAGCUCAAAACAAGGAGAGUCGAGCUCGACUCCUGCCUCGACGAGUUCCGUUCCAAUGUCACCAACUGGUCCGCCCCCGAAUAACCCUAAUUGGAAUACCGACUACCGACCAACGCUGUCUCCCAUUCUAAGUAUGAGUGUGAGUGACAACCAUGACGCGGACUCUCGCGGCCGCCCUGCCAGCCGUUGGUGGGAGUCUGCGUCUUCUGGAGAUUCGACGAGGUGGGAGCGAUCGAAAAGGGAGUCCAAGUACAUGAGCGUACCGAAAGAAGCACGCGAGGCUCUUCAGUGGCUCGACAGUCCAGGGGAAUCCAGCAUGCGACAAGCCUCGGAUGAGUACCCGCCGGAGAAGCAGGGCUGGCACGAGCAACAGCCCGAUGAGACCUACCAAGCCUUUACUCCUCAGGCUACACGAACACCAUUGCAGCAGCAGUCACUGUCUCUUCCCAACACCCCAAACCCAAACUACACUGACAUCUCAAGACUAAUAACGCUCCCACCGCCAUACCCCCGCCAUCACCCGGCCGUGAACAACAAUCACCCUGACCUUACCGAGAUCCGAGCCUCAGUCCGUGCCCUAAGCGAUCUCGCCGAGGUUGAAGCAACAAAGGACCGCUUCAAUCGCGACAGCCGCACCCUCCGCGAGGAAGGCGAGGUCGCAGCGAACAAGCGCCGACAAGCCCUCCGCGCCAACCUGCAGCAGGAAGUCGGCUUGGGGCGCAUGACGUACAACGAAGCCGCAGCCAUCGACGCAGAUUCAAAUGAGAGCGAGAAACAAGCCACGAAGGACCUGGAGAAGAAAGACUUCGACCGAUUCCAGACCGCCGUGGUGGUCCCGCUGAACGACCUCCUCACGUCGCGUAUAACAAAAGCCACGCAGCUCUUCGACGAGCUUCGGUCGCGGCUUUUCGUGGAGACUCAGGAGCCCAACCCCAACAUGCCGCAGGAGGAGGGCGACGAGCACCCUGAGCUGCUGGAAAAGCUGACGCUGCUCAAGUGGAUCUUCGAGGCGCGCGAGCUGCUGCACCGCGCCGUGUACGACCUGCUGUCUGACAGGAACGACCGGUAUCGCGAAAUGGUCAUCAUGCCGUAUCGGCUGGCGGGCAACGAGGAGAAGAUGGCGCACGCGUCGGCCUUCUUUGCCGAAGAUGCGGGCAAGCGGGCGCUCGCCUUCGCCAGCGAGGUGCUGCAGCGCACGAGCGAGUUCCACGACGUGGUGGAGAAGAACGUCGUGCGUGGCGUAGAGGUCCAGCUGUCGGCGUUCUGGGAUAUCGCGCCGCCGCUGUGCCGGCUGCUGGACAGGGUGCCGCUGGGGCCCGGGCCCGGCGGCGUCGUUGACGACGACGAGGCGGCCGAGUGGGACGGCCGCACGCUCGCCGACUUCCGGAUCCAGAUCCCACAGGCCGAGAUCGUCGAGAACCCCAGCUACGUCGACCACCCGCUGCAGUACUUCUUCAGCCUGCUCCUGCACUCGGAGAAGUCGACGUACCAGUUCAUCGAGUCGCAGACGAACCUGUUCUGCCUGCUCCACGAGGUCAAGGAGGCCGUGGUCGCCGCGCAGGCGAGGGUGAUGGAGGAGGACGGGCGAAGCAAGGACGAGAUCGAGGCCAUGAAGAGGCAUGAGGGCCGCAGGCUGACCAACGACCUGCAGGAGAAGGUCCGCACCGUGCAGGAACAGUGGAAGAGCGCCCUGGGCGACAGGGUAACGCACGUCAAGGAGCGGGUCGGCGGGUGGCUGCUUGAGACUGGCGGGUGGGAUGAGAGCCUGGAGGAGAGGGGAGUUGGGUCCUUGUGA